UGUGCCGGACAGACUGCUGCUGGUGCCUCGUGCUGACCGUUCUGCCAUACGUCACUCGUGUCUUCUGCCACCCAUGACCCGUGGGAAGAUGAUUCUUCCGACAUUUAUUGUGGUUGCCGUCUUGGCGUGCAACUUCGGCGCCGUGGACGCCACUUUCGACUUCGGCUCGCCGUUCUAUUGGCUCCGCGACAACCCGGUGGAUCGUACUGCCAACGCGAACUUAACCCUGAACGCUACUACCAUGACGUCAGAGACAACGACCGUGGUACCAACGACCAUUGCGACCACCUUAGCAACCACGACCGUGGCGACGACCGAGGCAUCAGCGACGGAGGCAUCGACGACAUCUGCGACCACGACCAUGGGGACGUCCAACACGACCUUCGGCACGACCGCGGCGACGACGACCGUUAUGGACCUGUUGGCUACCGCUCCACCCGCCAACUACAGUUCCAACUACAGCACCGUGAACUUGGAUGAGCUCGCGCUGGCCAUUGGCCACCUCCAGGACCCCGUGCUGAAGCUGGUGACUGAGGCCGACGGUACCGCUAACUUCGUGGUGUUCGACGGGCGUCAGGGUGCCUCCGAGACUGUGUCCACAUCAACGAUCACUCAGGAUUUGACUACUGUGACCUCGGAGGCGGCGCCAGCCUCUACAACGGUACUACCAACGUCUCUGUUCACCACGACAGGUUCCCUAGGCGCUGUCUCAGACCCGCCACCGUCCUUCUCCGGGCUGCUCGCUUUUCUGCGGCCAUACAUUCCCGGCCUGAGGGCGCCGCUGGUACCGACUACUCAGAACCCCUCGACCCUGUCCACAAUCUCUCAGAGUACGCCCGUGGAAUUCAGGGAAUCGGACGCUCCACCGUCUGAGGCUUCGACCACCAUCACCGUCGAACCACGGAGCGUUCCGGUCACCACUCGUCCUCUCCAGACUCCACCAGCUGGACGUAGCCCGCAUCCUUCUGCUACUGCGGCUACCGUAGCCGCCACCUCUGGAAUGGACUUGGUAACCCAGUCUGCUACUGUCGGUACCGUCAUGACUGCGACUACCACCCGUCCAGUUCCUGCAUCGGCAGUCCUUUCCACCACAAUUGUGACCAUGGCUGCGAGUCUUCCAACGGGCACCACCCCUGUUUCGACGCCGUCUUCAACUGUGUCAACCACCGCGGAGGCAACCAACACCACCUAUGCAGACAAUACGAAGUUCCCAGACGUCACGGCUGACUUCAAGACUACCACUAGCCCACCUUUCAACACCCGUUCGGCCACACAUGGGGAAGGACGCGUCACCACGCAGUUCAAGGUCACCAGGCCCACGUCGUUCGUAGUGGCCUCCAGCACAGUACCUCUGGCGACACAUCAUGGCGUUAUCAAGAUCACCGAAGUGUCAACGGAUGCUGCGAACGUCACCCAGCCUCCUCAGCUCCCGGGUCUGCCCUCGAGUCUCGAUGGUCUCCAGGAGGACGGCACCAUGAGGCCGCUGGCUGAAACCGGUUCCCAGUACCGUCACUACUACGAUCCUAGCAUGAUCAUGCGUUCGGUUCGUUAAUGACCGCCGCGGUUUCCAAACCGGCAGCUUUUUAAUCUUUCUCAUUUCAUAACCAGCUGCAUUCAAGCGUCAUUGUGAAAUAAACAAUGCUUCACCCCUUU